CAACACUAGAUGGUGAUAUCAAAACAGAAACGCAGAAGACCAAGCAACAAUAAAGUGAAAAAAAUAAUGCAGCAUACGGUGAAAGCAGCAGGCGACAUAUGGUUCGAUCCAUCUGGGUAUUAUGUGGUCGCCUUGACGACGCUACUGCUCUGCAUAUUAAUAUCAUUAUACUUUGCCAACUUUUUAAAGGACGACACAGAGCUUGAGGACGAAGGUAUUGGAGCUGAGGUGCGCAUGGAAGACGAUGCCGAACUGCAGGCACAGCUUCGAUCCCGACUUCAACGUGAAAUCGAUGAUGAUGAAGCCUACGAAGAAGAUGAAGAGGACGACGAGGAGGAGCAAUUAGAAGCGUUUAGCGAGAGUGAUGGCGAUGGUGAUGGCGACAAGGCUACGAACAAUUACAAUUACAGUAAUCUAAUGGGGAAAAUCAAAGCGAAGCACUAUCAACACCAGUUGGCCGAGAAUCUUUCGCCGAGUCAAAUUGAGGAGGAGCGGCGCAUCGAGCGCGAACAGCUGGCAGCGAUUUUUGAAUUAUUGCGCAAGCAAGAGGAUGAAUUGAAUCUUAAGGAUCGCAUCAGUGAUAGUGAGCUUAAGAAACAAGUGAAGCUCUAUCGUUAACGAGUUAAGAGCAGGAAUUGGCUGCAUUUUAAUUCCAAUUCAAAACUGAAAACGUGUGAUUAAGUGAAAAGCGACGAGUCAUUAACAUAGUAUAUGUAUAUAGAUGCAUAUAUAUUACCAAUUUAUUCUCGAUUCUUAAUGUAUAUGAUAUGUUUGCGUUGAGAGAUGAAAGCAUACACACACUACUUAAAGUAUUAGCAAAAUGACAUAGUUAAGUUGCAUUUCAUGUAUGCCAAAAUCUCCCAAUUAUAAUUAUAGAUGUGAGUUUGUUUACCCCAUAUCUCCCCAAUGUAUUGUAAUUUAAAUACAAAUCUGAAUGUACAAAAUA